AAGCUGAUCUGGGCUUCCUGGAGCUGAAGAAGACCUCAGACUUUGGCAAGACCUUCAAAGUCAUCGCCACCAAGAUCUACUCCUUUGGCCUGGGGGGACGUUUCCUUUUCGCCUCCGUCAUGACAGAGAAGGGCACCACCAGGAGAAUCCACGUCUCCCUGGACCAAGGGGACACCUGGAACAUGGCCCAGCUCCCCUCAGUUGGCCACGAGCAAUUUUACUCCAUCCUGGCUGCCAAUGAUGACUUGGUCUUCAUGCACGUGGAUGAGCCAGGUGACACGGGCUUUGGCACCAUCUACACCUCAGAUGACCGGGGCAUUGUCUACUCCAAGUCCCUGGAGAGGCACCUUUACACCACCACGGGGGGAGAGACCGACUUCACCAACGUCACCUCCUUGAGGGGCAUCUACAUCACCAGUGUCCUCUCGGAAGGUGGGUUCUCCACAGAUGAGGGGCAGUGCUGGCACUCCUACACCUUUGCUCCCCAGCCCAUCUUCUUCACGGGUCUGGCCUCAGAGCCCGGGGCCCGGUCCAUGACCGUCAGUGUCUGGGGCUUCAGGGGCACCUUCCUGGCCAGGCAGUGGGUCUCCUACACCAUUGACUUCAGCCAACUGCUCAGCAGGACCUGUGAGGGGGGGACAAGCAAGGGGGAGCCCAGUGACGGCUGCAUCCUGGGCUACAAGGAGCAGUUCCGGCGGCUCCGCAAGGCCUCGCUCUGCCGCAACGGGCGCGACUACGUGGUGACCCGGCAGCCCUCGGUCUGCCCCUGCACCCUGCAGGACUUCCUCUGUGACUUCGGUUAUUACCGCCCGGAGAACCAGUCGGUGUGUGUGGAGCAGCCGGAGCUGAAGGGACAUGACCUGGAAUUCUGCCUCUAUGGUCGCCUGCGAAGCCCCAGCGGGUAUCGGAAGAUCCCGGGGGAUAAGUGUGAGGGGGGGGAAAACCCCAGCAGGGAGGAGAAGGACAUGAAGAAGAAAUGCACCAGCAACUUCCUCGACCCCAGCCAGCUG